CACACACACACAAGCACACACGCGCUCACACACACAGAGAAAAUCCUCUUGCCUGUUGAUUUAUGGAAACAAUUAUGAUUCUGCUGGAGGAUUUCUCAGCUGAGAAAUAGUUUGUAGCUACAGUAGAGAGGCUCAAGUUGCACAAGGCAGACAACAGACAUGGAAUUCUUGUGUAUCCAGCUGUUAUAAACAGAACAAAAGUCAAGUAGCAAACAGCACCGCAGCAACUGGGCUUAUUACAACCUGUUUUUAUAAGGAUUUAUCAACACAGAGUUAUUUAAGGAGGAUCCUGUAUUGUUAUCAGAAACUAAAAGGAUAAGGGUAACAAUUUGGAAAGAGCAACUACUCUUUCUUAAAUAAGUCUAUAUAAUUAACAGAUAGGAAGAGGUCAAUGACCUAGGAGUAACAAUCAACUCAGGAUUUUACUUUUCAUUAUGUUAUUCAUGAACACCCGGAGCACUACACUAUAAUGCACAAAUGGAUACUGACAUGGAUCCUGCCAACCUUGCUCUACACAUCAUGUUUUCACAUUAUCUGUCUAGUGGGCACUCUAUCUUUAGCUUGCAAUGACAUGACUCCAGAGCAAAUGGCUACAAAUGUGAACUGCUCCAGUCCCGAGCGACAUACCAGAAGUUAUGAUUACAUGGAAGGAGGGGAUAUAAGAGUGAGAAGACUUUUCUGUCGAACACAGUGGUAUCUGAGGAUUGAUAAACGAGGCAAAGUAAAAGGGACCCAAGAGAUGAAGAACAAUUACAAUAUCAUGGAAAUCAGGACAGUAGCGGUUGGAAUUGUGGCAAUCAAAGGGGUGGAAAGUGAAUACUAUCUUGCAAUGAACAAGGAAGGAAAACUUUAUGCAAAGAAAGAAUGCAAUGACGACUGCAACUUCAAAGAAUUAAUUUUGGAAAACCACUACAACACAUAUGCAUCAGCUAAAUGGACACACAGUGGAGGAGAAAUGUUUGUUGCCUUGAAUCAAAAGGGAGUUCCUGUAAGAGGGAAAAAGACAAAGAAAGAACAAAAAACAGCCCACUUUCUUCCUAUGGCAAUAACCUAAUCAUAUAUGGUAUAUAAGAAACCAGUUCCAGCAGGGAGAUUUCUUUAAGUGGACUGUUUUCUUUCUUUCUUUUCUUUCUUUCUUUUUUUUUUUUUAAGUAACCAAAAAAGAUGGGAAAACUACUGAAAAACUGAUCAAGCUGGACUUGCGCAUUUAUGUUUAUUUUAAGAGACUGCAUUAAAGAAAGAGUUGAAAAAUAUACACAAAAAUCAGAUUUAGUAAUAAAAGUUGUAAAAAAUUGUAAAACUAGUUGUACAAUCAUGGUGUUAGUAAUAGUAAUGUUCUUCUUAAAUUAAUUUACCCUUAAGAGUAUGGUAGAUUUGAUUAUCUGAUAAUGAUUAUUUAAAUAUUCCUCUCUGCUUAUAAAAUGGCUGCUAUAAUAAUAAUAAUGCAGAUGAUGUUAUAUAAGAUAUGUCAGACCCUAAAGGCUGCUGGAAUGAUUUGUCAGAUAAUCAAGCCAACACUAAGGAAGAUGAGCAGUAAUUUGAAAUGCUUUCCAAUGAAAAAUUAUAAUCCACUUAAGCUCUAAUCAGAAAAAAAUCUAUUAUGGAAAUUAGUAAGAUAGAUCAUUUUACAAAAUUAUUGGCUUAGAACAUGCUUGUACUUAUUAACAAGAACAAAAUUCUUAAUGCUGCUCAAAUUGAAAGGCUAUUGCUACAAGGAUGUUUUUAAAAUUUUUGUAUAAAAAAUAGCAAUAAUGAUGAUAAUACUGUAUUUCAUCUCACUUGCCACUAAAUAACAUUUUAUAAUCCCUAGAAGUAAAAUUCAGAAAUGUUUAAAUUUUUUCGAGUAACAUAAUCUAUCUUUUGUACAAUUCAUAUUUGGGAAUAUGACUUUUAAUAAUGUUCUCCCCAUAAAUAAUCAUGCUUUUUUCUGUGGUUACAGCAUUAAACUCUAUUUUAAGUUGUAUUUGAA